UACUUAUACCCGUUUUAUCCUAGAAAUCAGCAAAGCGAGAAAACUACAGCAAACCUCUGGAAACGAUGUUACCCACUAAUUUGCAUGACUUUCAUCUAUAGGGAUAGGGAGUGGAACAAGCACGCUGGAAAACUGCAUUACCAUGGCUUCUUCUCGUGUUCGUCUACAGCAAUGGAAAAAUUGCCAGCAUUUGAUUAUCGAUGAAAUAUCCAUGAUUGAUUCCGAGUUGUUCGACAAGAUAGAAGCUGUUGCUCGCGCCGUACGCAAGAGCGAAAGUCCUUUUGGUGGAAUCCAACUUAUUGUUUGUGGAGAUUUUCUCCAGCUACCACCAGUGAUCAAACAGGGUGAAAACAAAAAGUUCUGUUUUCAGGUAAGAGUGACAUGUCUCUAAACGGCGUUGUUGCAUGAAAAAUUGAAAUUUGAAUCCUGGCGCGCAGUUAAUUGGAAGAAAUUAUUUCGCUGACCUCAGAAUGACAUUUCGUCAAAACCUUUUUCCUCAAGAUUGCAUGGUUUAGAAACAAACUUGGAGUAGGGUUAGGUUAUAAUUAGGGUUAUAUAUAUAGGGUUAGGGUUAGAGUCGGUGUUUGGAAUAUGGUUAGUGUUAGUAAAACCGUUGCUUUGUUACGUUUUGUCACUCUGAGGCCAGCGAAAUAACCUCUUCCCUGUUAUUACCUCUUCCCAGUUAUGGGAAGGUUAUUAGUUAUGAGGUUAUUAGUUAUAACCUCUUCCCAGUUAUGGGCGCUAAGACCUGGAAUCCGCAUCUAAACGAUAAAUUGUAAAUAUUAUAAUUCUAUUCCAAUCUUCUCUUACUUGUAAAUAUUACACAACCCUAUGAAAAUCAAUGUCUCAAUUGAUAGGUUACCGUGUAUAAAUAUAAUUAAAUACAAUACUUUUAUUCUUGAGUUUAGCACAUGAACGAACAUAGACUUUAUUCAAAGCUCACUGUUAAAUCAUGGGGGAAAAUAACAUCUUAGUAAGAUCUUGGAAAAAUCUUGGUAAAGUCUUGGAAGGUCAUGGCAAGAUUUUGCGAUAGGAUCAUGUAAUAUUCAUGCCAAGAUCUUGCUUCAAUCAGUAUUACCAGUAUGUUGGCAAUAUAUUAAAAUCAUAGCAAGAUCUUGAUACAAUCUCGGCAGAAUCUAUAAAGCAAGAUUUUGGUAAAUCUUGGUAACAUCUUUGCAAGAUUAUGACAAGAUCAUGAUUGGUGGAAUGUUUGCAAGAUCGCGUCAAGAUCAUGGCAUGAUCUUGCCACAACUAUAAAAAAAGGUCAUGAUACAUGUACAAUCAUGGCAAGUUCUAGGUGAAAUCUUGGCAAGAUCACAGCAAGAUCAUGGCAGGAUCUUGCCAAGAGUGGAACAAGAUCAUAGCACAAUCAUGACAAGCUCUUGGUGAAAUCCUGGCAAGAUCUUGCCAAGAGUGUAACAAGAUUAUGGUACAAUCAUUGCAGGAUAUCGUUUUUACGAAAUGCUGCCAAGUUCUUGGAAGAUCAUGGCAACUUCUUGAGAAACAUGUAUUAAAAUUUCCUUUUUACAAUGUUGCACGAUCUUGGCAAGAAAAUACGAAAAUGACAAGGUCUUGCCAAGAAUAAUUCUUGAUAAGAUCUUGGUAAGAUCUUACAAGAGCCUGCGAGAUCUUACAAGAGCUUGCAAGAUCUUGUAAGAUCUGCUAUAAGAUCUUGUAAGAUCUGCUAUAAGACUUGCAUAAGAUCUGCUAUAAGAUCUUGCCAAGAUGUAAAUUCAACCUGGCGAUGCAUGUAAAUUAUAACCAUGCAGGGAAUCCAUUGAAGUUUAAAAGCGCCAAUAUCUCGUCGAUAUAUACUAACUCGGUUUACCUUCAUAUUUUAACACGCCAUAAUCAUACUCGUUAACCUUGCAGCUGAAUGCUGACGCAUUUCUUAGUAGUUUUUUUCUUGGGCCCAAUUGGCCAUGUAAAAAUAAACUCCGGUUUAUCAUCAGUAUAGCAGAAAGUUGAAACUCAUUAUUAUUAUUAUAUAGGCAGAAAGUUGGUCGACAUGCAUACACAAAACGAUAGAAUUGAUUGAAGUCAAAAGACAAUCUGAUCCUCUUUUUAUCAAUAUUCUUAAUAACAUUAGAGUCGGGAGGUAUGUAUAACAUAGUAAUCGUCAUUGACAAUUUUCAAUAAAACAGUCAAUCUUAUUACGUUACGGAUAUUUAUACGUUAAUUUUGGUAACACCUGGCACCUGCACCAUGAGGAAAGACACACUUUUAUUCCUUGUGAAAUUUUUCUGUGUGAGUGGCUCGUAUGUCAAGGAACCAACAUUAAAACUUGAAAGACAUUUUGCAAUGAAAUACUAGUUUGUUGUAUACUGUAGUUACCGUUCUUGCAUGCGUGUUUUGUUUUGUAUAAUCCUGUAGUAGUGCAGUAUAUAUUAUUGACUUGGCGUUAAAUGGAUGGACCUAUAAUAUUACUAAUAAUGGAUGUCAGUCCUGUUGCCUGAAUCUAUCAAUCAUAUCUAUUUUAUUAUGUUAGUGUAAUAUGAAGUUAAUAAUAAAAUGAUUAUAUGGAAUAUGCAGGAUGGCAGUGGUGGAUCCAGCAAAGUUUGCUUUCGCCAAAGGUGCUAACCAAUGGCGAAACGAGCGCCGAAGGCGCGAGAUUUCUAGGGUGGUCCGGGGGCAUACUCCCCCGGAAAAUUUUUAAAAUUUGGGUCUCUGAAAUGGCAUUUCCAGCAUUCUGAGAAAACAUUCUGGAAAAUUUUUAGAUUCUCAAAACAUUUAAAUAUAUUUAAUAUUGGCUAUUCCGCUAUUGUCAACUAGUGAUACGCAACUGAAUUCCUUAACAUAAGUUGGUUAUAGAAUUAGUAUAAACGUCAUUUUUGCACCCCCCCAUGCACCUGUUGACCAGAGCCGGGGGAGGUGCACCCCAAAUCCACCACUGCAGGAUGGCAUAGAGGGGUACGUAUAUCAUAAUAAAGUAGGAGAGGAGGGAUCGAGAAACGUCCUGUUCAGUCAUUUCAUGAUGUAUAGAUUCGAUCAAGCAUCAUUCUUACGAUUUUCAGAUGCUCAGACGACAUUGUUGAGAAGCUGAACAAAACCAAAGAAAAUAAGAUAGAUUCUUGUGGUAUUCUAGCAACUAGGUUAUGUACUCACAAGGACAACGUAGAGCAGAUUAACAAAGUACAAUUGCAGAGUUUACCUGGAAAGUCAAUGUUAUUCCAAGCAAUCGACAGUGAUCACAAUUUUACCAAGACUCUAGACUCGUGUUGUCCGGUGAAGGCAAGACUUGAGUUGAAGGUUGGCGCUCAGGUGAGUCUUAAUAAUAAUAAUAAUAAUAAUAAUAAUAAUAAUUAUAACACUUUAUUUAACGAGGAUUUACAGAUAAAGCUAUAGUUAGUACAGCUUGUUUCCAAUCUGGUCCUCUUAUUAAAGUUCUAGAAAUAUAUUACAUCACGUGAUUACGAUACUCAUGCAGUUAACAUUCUUUAGAAACGUAGGAUAUACAGUCACGGAUGCGUCACAAACACACAAUAUACACAGAUACAUCACAAUCACACAAGAUUAACAAUCUAUAACUAUCAACAGUAUUAAAGUUUUUAUAUUAAUAGUCUAUUUAUUUUUAUAUUAUUAUUAUUUUUAUAUUAUUAGUCUUCAGUAUAGGUACAGUAUACCAUUUCACAUUUGCAGCCGAUAAUAUAUUAAGUUAUAUUUCAACAUUGCAAAACAUGUUCCCAUGCAGGAACAGCAUCUUGUUCUUUAGAAUAUGUUAUACUGUAACAUUGCUGUGUUUGAUUGAAUCGUAUUCGUUGCCAUCAGCAUGCAGGUAUUAAAUUGAUCGGCUUCUGCAUGGGUAAUCGGGCGAGAAAAUUCUCGAUCUUAGCCCUCUAUAUGCAUGCUUUCACAAUAUAAGGGACGGACCAUUUGAUUUUUCGGGGGGCAUUUUUGAGAGUGCUCGAAUUUUUUUUUGGACCUCACCGACUCCGCACGAUUAUUUUUUAUCGAAUAUUGCGCGUGCACGAUAUUUUUUUAAAUUAAUUAAUUUUUUAAUAUGGCGUUAAUACAAUAAUACCUGCAUUCAGUAUUUUUAUAAAACCAUCAUUCACGUAUGGUUAUAUUCCGGCUGAAGAAUGUAUUUGAAUAUACAGAAUAUAAGUCUACGAAACGUAGACCAUAGCCCCGAUCAAAAUUGGAUCAAGUGUAACCUAUUUACUGGCAGGCAGUACUCUACCACUGACAAGUAAGAAUCGGCUGGCAUCAGACAGAGGAAAUACCAAAGUAGGGCGCGUUUUGGCACACUGCCACUCUCCUCCGCAGAGUCUGAAUUAUAUAGGAUUUGUAGGGAUAAUAUAGGGAUAGUAGAGGACAUUUAGUGGUGCGCCACGGGGGGUGAGAUCGAUGGUUGACAAAAUGUAGCUUCCGUCUUCCCAUCAUACCUAGCGCGUUUAACUAACAAUUACGUAAUUUGUUUCCCAAGUAAUAUUACGUAAUUUUACUAAAAAUUCGUAAGGCUCUGCGGAGGAGAGUGGCACACUACCAGUUAAUGAGUCAACAGCGCUCUGAAACUUAUAUUUAAAAUGUGAUUUAAUCUCAAAUUUUUCAAGUGGAGCACAAAAACGUGGACAUGCACUCACCACUACAUCAACCUUUCGCAUACAUACUAGCAGCUUGAAGGAACAUAUCCAGACGGGAUUGCUUUUUUCCCUUUCUGUAAGCCAGAGCCCAGCGAGGAACGUUCCCAAAUACUGGGACGGCAACGCAACGGGCUGAUUGCGAAUUGUCAUUAAAAAUCGUUGUAGACAUUUAAAUAUAUACUUUAUACAGAGACUUUAUAGGUAUAGUUAAUAUUUUUAAGGUUAAUGUUUAUAAAUGUUUUGUUCAAGAACAUAAAAACUAUAACUGUCUUAAUAUAAAAAACUGUUUCUGCAGUUAAUAUGUUCCAUAUACUUUAUGUACUGGGAAAGAAAACAUACCAUAUUAUAAAUAAAUUAUUCAAAUGUACUGUCAUUUUUUUAAAAUCAACUCUACCAUUAAUAUUUGCAUUGGCAUAAUGGCAUCUAUAUUCAAAUUCUCACGGUUCCCAAUCAUAUCUGUGUUCCCAAUACGUACAGGGGCGCGUAGGAACCGGGGUGCCAAGUCACCCAAGUUUUCAGAAGACACAAAAUGUGCCUUUUUUCCGGUGGCAAAGUACCCUUUGCUUUCGUGAAAAAUAUUGUUCAGAUUGCAUUUUUGACUCACGGAUGUUGCAAAGCAACAACGUCCAGAAUUCAGAACCAGAAAUAGGGCUGGAGCAUUUUUCUUUCAAUAUAGAGUAUUGCUAAUUUAGAAAUUUUUUGUCCUCGAUAUUUUUUUGAUGGUGUUGAUGUUCGAUUGUUUUUCUUCAAUUCGAGACAUGCUCGAUAUUUUUUUUCGGGUUUGCGCCCCCCAUGAAAAAUCAAAUGGUCCGUCCCUAAUAUUUUUGUUUCGUUCCCCGCAGGAACGAAACGGUACUGUAUUUGGUUUCGAGCAAUUAUCACAGGAAAGUGACGUCAGAAAUCAAAGUUAUCCAAUCCUUUGCCAGUAUUCUUGCUCAAACGUCAAUUACAUUUAGAAUCGUCCAAUGAGAUGACCGCUCCUAGCAUAAGAAGUUUUUUGGAGGCGUGGCGUAUAAUCGGAAAUCUUAGUUAAUUAUAUAUCAACCUAUGAGAACAUGCUAACUUAACCUGAAGUUCAGGCCCUAAUUUUAAAUAGGGCCUGACACAAAACCUGUCUAGACCGUGGGACGCUCACAUGUUAUUUUUAGACACAGCAUGCAAUAUAAUUGACAAGUGUUAUAGAUUUCGUUACACAAAAAAUUUAUAUUCUCAUGAACAUGUCCGCAGAGUGUGCAUUUUGCUUUUUAAUUAAACUUAAAAAUUCAAGGUACUUUUAUAUAAUUAAGAGUCAUUUUCUCUAUUUAACCGAACAGCAAACGAAGAUUCAAUUAGUCAGUUCUGUGUACAGCUUGACUGCCAAGCUUUCUCAAGGUCUCAACUUGCUGGACGCGGAUAUAUACCAGGGAUAUACUUUAACGGGCUAACAACAGCAACAAUAAAAUUCUCAAUCGUACCACGAAGAAGCCGAUGUAGCUCAGAAAACAACGCCGGUAGGACCUGAUAUUAAAAAUAAGACUUUUCCCGGCGAAGCCAGUUGGCAGAACAUCUUGGCUGUCAACAACAAACUUUCGAAUAGAUGACUAGUUUAGUUUGGCUGUUCUUUCAGCGUCGUGUGUCCAAAAUUCGUCAAAGAUUUUGAUAAAGACCUUCAAAAUACUAUUUGUUAGAUUUAUUUUCUGCCAUAAAGCAUAUUAAAAGAAAAGAAAUUCGAAGAAAUCGAUAAUGGUUUGUUACGUGCGUUUGACCUUUAUUUUAUUAUUGUCCCCUUGAGCCCUUGACCGAGCUAUUUUUAAAACUGUUGUUUAUGUGAACUUGCAACCAAUCAAAAUCUUAGGGCCUGAACUUCAGGUCAAAAUCUACAGGCACGAUGAUUUAUAUUUGAAGUAUUCAAGCGCCAACAGCGGUAUAUAUAUAUUUAUUAUAUAGUUUUCUUUUUUUCUCUUCAUUUUAAAUACUACUACUGUAUUUCUGGACCGCUCGGCCCGUCCAGGUAUAAUGAAAAUUUAUAGAACCCGCCCGCCUCACAAAAUGAACCGAUUUCAUUGCUCGACAUAUACAAGUGAUCUAUGGUUACAACCGCUAAUUAUAGACGUCUGGUAUAUUGGAACGAAACAUUAUUUCUUUUUUAAAGAAAUAUUUUCUUGUUGUUUAUAGAUUCAAUCAAACUAUUAUUAAUUAUCAAAAUAUUCAAUUGACUAUGAAUAUUUUACCAUUCCAGGUGCUGUUAACGAAAAAUUUGGAUGUAGGCCAAGGCUUAGUAAAUGGUGCUCGUGGUGUGGUUAAAAACUUUUCUUCCGGAAAUACAGGUAGCUAACACAUAUGUUAUGCGUGAUGUGCCGAAUAUUUUCGAGUUCAAACCACAAACUUGUAUUUCUGUAUUUUUUUAGUUGUCCCAAUCGUGAAGUUCUCUAACGGUAUCGAGCGACCAGUGAAAGCGGAAAAGUGGGUGAUUAGAACGGGAACUGGUGGUCAAGUAACAAGAACACAACUACCUCUGCAGUUAGCCUGGGCUAUAUCUAUUCAUAAAAGUCAGGUAGUAAAAUAACCACAUUGGAUCUGCUAAUUAUAGUCUGCCA